UAGAAUUUCCCUAGUAGUUGUAAUGGAAGAGUUUUAUUCUAGAAUAAAACAAUGAGAGGGGCCAACCCAGCCCAAACAGUUGGUGGUGACCGGUGACCCCAAGCUUGAGACUGCCCUAGUCUAGAAUUGUUGCGGAUCGGGUCACACACUGAGCCCAGACCGUAGCGACGCACCUCGCAACCCAACCACGUGCACGCUACCCAUAUACACAAUUUGCAGCGCUGGAGAUAAUUCGUCCCAUUCCUUCAAAAUUCUUCCAUUGAAGAGACAGAGGUAGACGGAUUUUCCGGCUGUCUGAUUGGAGCGGAAAGAAUAAGGUGUAGGCAUCGGUUUUGCUUAUGGAUUCCUCAUCGAUGGAUGCUUAUCCUCAAGUUCAGGAGAUAUUGCUUGAAUUUCGAGCAGGAAAAAUGCUUAUGGAAGGAAAGCGAGUUGUCCCAGAUUCACGGAAAGGACUUGUUCGUAUCGGCAGGGGCGUGGAAGGACUUGUCCAUUUCCAAUGGUUGGACCGUUCAAGUUUGAUUGUCGAAGAUGAUCAGAUUGUUGUUCCAGAGGAAGCAGUCUUUGAAAAGGUUAAUCAAUCAUCCGCGAGGGUUUACAUUUUGAAAUUUCAUACAGAUGAUCGAAAGUUUUUCUACUGGAUGCAGGAGCCAAAAGACGACAAUGAUUCACAAUUAUGCAGCUCAGUUAACUUCUACCUAAAUCAACCACUAGAGUUUCCUGGUGAAGAAGAGCCUGAAAAUACUUAUGAUGUGGUUGAAGAAGACAUUUCAUCUAGAGCAGGAAAUUUGGUUGGCCCAAGCAUGGGCACCGAAGCAACCAGUGAAGUAACUUCUUCUGGACCUGUAAAGUUGGCUGAUUUACAAAGGAUACUAAGUAACAUAGGAUCAUCAGAUGGCGUUGUAGAUCCAGAUGCUGGCUUGGGGUUAGCGGAUAUAUUGAGGCCAGAGUUUGUACUACCGUUGAUUGAAGACAUACCACUGCAACAACAACUUGCUACGUAUUUACCUGAGGGCCAAUGGAAUCGUGAGGACUUCCUGGAGUUAUUGCAGAGCCCCCCAUUUCGUCAACAAGUAGAUUCAUUUACUUACGUGCUUCGAAGCGGACAGGUUGAUCUAGCUCAAUUUGGAAUUGAUCCCAGUCAAUACAACUUCACAGUUCCAUCCUUCCUCGAGGCGCUAGAAGAUUCUGUUUCUGGAACAUUGCAACCUAGCAAUGCAAUGCAAGAUGAGGAUUUGGCUUCUCACACGAGCAGAAGUGAACCAAUGGAUGAAGAUCGUCACUGAUUUCAGUUACCUUCAAUCAGUUACCUAAAUCUUUUGACCAUUUCUGUGGAGAACGAAAGGGGGGCUUUCUGUAGGGUUGCAUCAUAGCAUAAUGCACUUCAACUUUUGGAAGGUUUGGAACAGUUGAGUGAAUGUAAUAGAAGAAAACCUUUCAUCUGACUCCCAUCCGUAUUCUCCGUCGGACGUAUGCUAGUUUGGGCGGGUAGUUAAACUUAUAUUACUUCUUGGUUAUUAAGUUAGACUAUAUUGGUCUACAUCACAGCAAGUACUAAGUUACAGCUAGCUAUAUCAAACUUUUGGUAAAUUUAUACUAGGGCAACUUGAGAAUUGAGGUUAAAAUGUGGUCAAUUACAUCAAUGAAGUGUAUUAAUGUACUUCUUAAUAUUAUUGCUACUCCAUAAUGUCAUUCGUCUAUUAGGGUUGAUAUUUCGAUGUUCUAAAGUUUU